UUAACUCUACGCGAAUCACUCCUUUCGUGCCAUCUGUGUUUUUCCGCCCAAACAAUAGUGACUUACGGAAGCGAAUUGUAUUUUUUCCAUCUCUUCUUCUUCCCUUUCUUGCAAUUUUCGGUUUCCAGGCAAAUUUUUCUUACUCAGUGUCUGUAGCAUUUUAAUUAUGAUGGAGAAGGGAGAUCCUUCACAGAAAUUAUAUACAAGGAUGCGUCUUUGGGAAUUUCCAGACCAGUAUGUUGUUGAGCCUACUGAUGGAUCCUGUGGUUCGUGCUUGGAGAUCAGCCGCGUAGAUGGGUCUGUGAAACUAAUAGAUGAGGUUCCAGAAUGCACUUCGGUUCGUGUUCCCAAAAUUCAAAAAAUAUUUGGUGUUAUAGGCAUACUAAAGCUUUUGGCUGGUUCAUAUGUACUGGUCAUAACGGACCAUGAAUGUAUUGGAUCUUACUUUGGGCACCCUAUCUUCAAAGUUUCAUCGAUGAAAUUUUAUCCUUGCGAUCAGUCUCUCAAGAACUCUACUGCUGAAAAGAAAAACAUGGAAGCUCAGUUUUCGGCACUGCUUAAUGUCAUAGAGAGGACUCCUGGUCUAUACUUCUCUUAUGAUGUCAAUAUAACAUUGAGUGCUCAGAGACUGCAUGAUUUGGGUGAUGAAUCCAAGAUGCUUCCUCUCUGGAGACAAGCGGACCCUCGAUUUGUUUGGAACAACUAUAUGAUGGAACAACUGAUAGAUAACAAGCUUGACCCGUUCUUGCUUCCUGUUGUCCAAGGCAGUUUUCACAAUUUCCAAGCUGCAAUUGGGAAAGACAUUAUUGAUGUUACGCUGAUUGCUAGGCGGUGCAACAGAAGAGCUGGCACUCGAAUGUGGAGAAGAGGGGCUGAUUCUGAUGGAUUUGUCGCAAAUUUUGUGGAAAGCGAGCAAAUUAUCCAGUUGAAAGGGUACACAGCAUCAUUUGUUCAGGUCAGGGGGUCAAUCCCAUUACUAUGGAAUCAGAUUGUUGAUUUGACAUAUAAGCCCAAGUUUGAGAUAGUGAGAAUUAUAGAAGCACCUAGAGUUGUUGAGCGGCAUUACUUGGAUCUGAGAAAAAAGUAUGGAAAUGUUCUAUCAAUUGAUCUCGUCAAUACGCAUGGAGGAGAAGGACGCCUAAGUGAAAAGUUCGCAAAUGCAAUGCAACAUGUUGCUGCUGAUGAUGUGAAAUACUUGCACUUUGAUUUUCACCACAUAUGCGGGCAUGUUCAUUUUGAACUCCUUUCUAUCCUCUACGAUCAAAUUGAGGAUUUUUUCAUUAAAAAUAGGUAUUUUCUGUUAAAUGAGAAAGAUGAGAAAGUUGAACUGCAACUUGGAGUUUUGAGGACCAACUGCAUUGACUGCUUAGACCGUACAAAUGUAACUCAGAGCAUGCUAGGUCGAAAAAUGCUUGAGUUCCAACUGAGAAGACUUGGUGCUUUCGAUGCUGAAGAAACUAUUAGCUCACACUCCAACCUUGACGAAAGCUUCAAACUCUUGUGGGCCAACCAUGGGGAUGAUAUAAGCAUCCAGUACUCUGGUACUCCAGCUUUAAAGGGAGAUUUUGUCAGAUGUGGUCACAGAACAGCCCAGGGGGUUAUCGCUGACGGAUGUAAUGCCCUAACACGAUACUACUUGAACAACUUUGUUGAUGGUACUAAACAGGAUGCAGUUGAUUUAUUGCAAGGACACUAUAUUCCGGCUGUCUCUCGAGAUAUGAAACCAUCAUCCCAAAAAGGAAGCCUUGAGACUAAAGCUUCGUUUCCUCUGGCGUUGGCGCUAAUAUUGACUGGGUUGUUCUUUGCUAUGUUGUCGCUAAGGAAAGUUCGACAUGAUCUUCGGAGUCUGAUAUAUGCAGUGGUUUGGGCAAGCAUAAGUUUGGGAAUAGCUGCAUUUGUGAAAGCCAAUGGUCGAAUGUUCUGUAACAGGCCUAGCCUGCACCAAUCAAGGCGUUGAUUUUUGGGUUCAGAAUGCUUGGUAGGAGCUACGUUUGCUAAAAUUGCCAGAUUUUUCAUAUGCUUUGUAAAAAUUUUGGUUAUUGCGUGUUCUUUUCAUGUCUUUGAUAAUUUUCUUUUUGAUCAUUCAUUUAAAAGGUCCUAGUUACAUGAUUAUUUGUAUAUUGAAAUGGUUAUGAUUGAUAUUUCUAGAAAUUGAAUCUCGGCUUCGCCAUGAUUUGGUAACUAUUACUGUUGCUCUCUAAGUUGUAUGAUCUCUUUGUUUGUCUUAUGAUCCAUUCUCCUUGAUGCAUUAUGUCAAAGUCCCAAAGGAGGGCAAAGGUGGUGGUUUAAGCUAAAUCUGGAAAUGUUAUGUCAAGUAGUCAUCCUACACAACAUAGUUUUUUUUUUCUUUUUUAAUGUCAUGUGCUUCAGUUUGACUGCACUUGAACUAUUCUAUUAGGUAUAUGCUACCUCCCACCAAAUACGCAUCAAGUAACUUUACUAACCAAAGCAUAUAGAUAAGAAGAAAUCACCUAAAGUUUGUCUUUUUUGGGAUCUGAAUCCUGGUCUCUCAUGAUUUUCGCUCAUUUCAUUGACCAUUAGACCAUACUCGUGUGCAAACAUGAUGUGUAUUCAAGGAAAUAUUGUUUCUUCUAAAUGAGGUAAAUAAUUUGGUAAAAUUAGAUCCACUAGAAUUUUAAAUCAGAACAUUAUAGCAUCCAGAUGAAGUAUUUCUAGGGUAAACACUAACUUGGCCUGCUUCAUCUAUUCCUAAUAAUGCUUCAAAUUUUAUUUCUACUACUGAGAUAAACAGCAGAAAUAUGAAAGCUGUAAAAAGAUAGCUUGGUAGCCUUAAAUACAUUACUUGGGAUGACUUGAAAUGGCAUAGGGAGGCCAAUAGAGGUGAAAUUGAAUCUUAUAAGUAACAGUGAUCCCAGACAGAUCCACUGGAGAAGAUGUCACGUAACCUUGAACGAACAGAAAAUCACCAGUUCCUCCGACAACAGGAUGGUUAGAUGGCUUUGUAUUGUGUGUGCCUCCCACAACUGAUAUUGAGCCUUUGUAAUGAUUCAUCAUCAAAGUGAUUUUAGCAAUAGAUAUGCUUUGCAGUCCAUUUAACGAGGAUGUUAUCGAUGUUCCUUCAGCUGUCCCAACUAUCUUUGAGUUUGAGUUGGGUUUUAGAGUUAAGGGAUCUUGGAACACAUAUAAGGUGCCAAAAGGUGUUGUGGUUUGGCUUAUGGACGGUCCUGCAACACCAUUCACUAUAAGAUAUGCUGUUUUAUUUAUGGUUUCGUGUUGAAAGAGAGUAAAAUGGAUUGACUUGAGUUCAUGGUGGUGGUGAUGAUGGUGAGAAAUUGAGGUAGCCUCACGAAACAAGAGGACGGAAAGAAGAAGAUAAGAAAGAAAAGAAGAGUAGCAUACAGAGAGAGCCAUUGUAGUCUAACAAAGCAAUAUGGUUCUAACAGAAUACAAAUGUUAUCACUUUUAUAAUAGCUGUGUCUGUGUCAGUUUGUAUGCACUUCAACUAUUUCAUUCGGUGCCUGCUACUUUUUAUUAACACACCGAGGGUUAAACAAAUAGGAAGAGAUCACUUAACUUUUACUAGAAAUUGAAUAUUGAUCUGCCAUUUUUCACCUACUUCAUGAACGCGGACCCACCAUUGACUUCAAGUCUUACCACAGCCUUUGGUCAUGGAAUUAAUGAGUCCUGCCAUCGCUUUACUUGGAAGUUUCAAAGUCUCCCAGCAAGACGACUGAGAUGGACAGAGUCUCAAAAGUAUUUUCGUGAGUGGCAACUUUUAGGUAAAACGUUAUUAUCAUGAAGAAAAUGAAGUCAAUAGAAGAGUUUUUCCAUCAUACCCUAGUACGUGAUGAUUGGAUUAUUAGUCAUUUAUCUUGAUAAUUUUGGCACAGAAGGACCAAAUUAUUGUUCAUUUUAAUCCAAAAGAAAUUUCUUGGUGUUGAAUAUUGUCUAUAUGACUUAAAAGAAAGAAAUGAAACUGACGUCAAGGCUGAACCUGAGACUCUAAUUACAGAGCCAACAGGUAUAACCAAGUGCUAUUUACUAACAUUGGCCUAUGAGGCUUAGCUGAAUUUUUUUAAAAAAAUGUAAUUGAAGGAACAACCGGAGCUUACUCUAUAAUUUGAAAGAAUGACUGAUCAUCCUUAAUAUCAGAGUCAAUAAACUUGGAGAUAUUCCCUUUGAAGCAUUGUGGAGAUUAGCAAUGUUGAAUAAUUGUAACUACUGAUCUGAGGAAAAACACGGUCAAAUUCAUGUAAACGACUAAUAAUAGCAAUGAGUUUACAACUGCUUUUCCUUCUCCAGAUGAGGAUUGCUGGAAAUUCAACACUGCCCAUACCAAGUGUCGUAAACCAAAAUCAGGAAACUAUAUAUGCCUUUGGAAUACAGUUUGUAAGUCGGCCAAAGAAGGAACCUGCUAAUGUGAGACGCACCUGACAUGAUCUAGCUCCAUAUAUGAUGCUUGAAUGGCCUGCGUGAUCUCAUCAGUAGAAGUGUAGGCCACAGAGAUAGGGAGAUUGCUCUUGGUGUUUUUGGCAGUGACUUACAUCGCCUUCUCAGCUGCAACUCUAACCGGCUAGUCAAGGAGCUUCAGGUUCCCCACGAAAUGAAUUCUCACUCCAUAUUCGUUGGUAAAAGCAUGUCUAAAAAGCAAUAUCUUAGCUCAUAUUUGCCCCCAUCAUUUUACGUAUCACCUUCCAUAUCCGGGUUCUGAAUCCAUGGUGGCUUGUAGAAUAAGCUGCAGCUUGGCUGCUGUGUGUUCAUCUGUAUCAAAAUGUAUGUAUUGUUCUCAAGAAAUGAAAAGUGAUGUUAGUGGAAACAGCCUCUUCACCCCAUAAAAGGUAGGGGGUGAAGUUUGUGUCCAUCCUACCGUCUCCGGACCCCAUUUGUGGAA